CAGAUGUGGACAUCCCUGACAGUGUAAUGGCUGGUUUUACCUGAGACGAACCGUGUUAACCAUUUAAGCUAACCAACAACACGUCGUCAUACUGUUGUACACAUGCUGUAGUGUCGGUAACUAUACUGUGAGACGCUCAGCAGGCUUAGGAAGCUCAACUGCUGAUGGAGCACAUCCGACUGCCAAAGGUGGAGAAUGUCAGGUUGCUUGACAAAGUCUCUCCCAGAAGGAGCAGAGUGGGCACUCUGUACCUGACAGCCACACACAGCAUCUUUGUGGAGAAUGAAGGAGGGGAGCGCAAUGAGACAUGGGUGCUUCACAGUUUGGUGUGCAGCGUGGAGAAACAGGCUGCCACCGCCUCAGGAUGUCCUCUGCUCAUUCACUGUAAGAACUUCCAGGUUCUUCAUUUCAGCAUUCCUCGAGAGUCGGAAUGCCACGAUGUCUACCUGUCUUUGCAGCGGCUCUCCCAGCCAGAGAGCUACAAGGAGCUGUACUGUUUCUCCUAUAAGCCUAACGUGAAUGAGGAGGAGAGACGACGGGAAUGGACCUUCUUGAGCGUUAAAGCUGAUUACAGCAGAAUGGGACUUCCAAGCUCUCUGUGGAAACUCUCCCCCGUCAACCAUGACUACAAGGUGAGCGACACUUACCCUGCCGACCUGUUUGUACCCGAGUCUGCCUCACCUCCAGUCAUACUGGGCAGCUCCAAGUUCAGAAGCAGAGGCAGAUUUCCUGCCCUUUCAUACUACUGCAAAGAAAAUCACGCUGCCAUCUGCCGCAGCAGCCAGCCGCUGUCCGGUUUCAGUGCUCGCUGCCUGGAGGAUGAGCAGAUGCUUGAGGCCAUCUUGAGGUCCAAUCCUCGCAGCGACUUCAUGUAUGUGGUGGACACCAGGCCUAAGUUGAAUGCGAUCGCAAACCGGGCUGCAGGAAAAGGCUAUGAAAAGGAAGACAACUACUCCAACAUAAAAUUCCAGUUUAUGGGCAUCGAGAACAUCCAUGUGAUGAGAAACAGCCAACAAAAGAUGCUAGAGGUGUGUGAACUGCGUUCUCCCUCCAUGUCCGACUUCCUGGAGGGUCUGGAGAGCUCAGGCUGGCUGAAGCACAUCAAAGCUGUGUUGGAUGCAGGCAUCUUCAUCGCCAAGGCUGUUGCAGAUGAAGGCGUCAGCGUCCUGGUGCACUGUUCGGACGGUUGGGACCGGACGGCCCAGGCGUGUUCACUGGCCUGUGUGCUGCUGGAUCCCUACUACAGGACCAUCAGAGGACUCAUGGUCCUGAUUGAGAAAGAUUGGAUCUCAUUUGGACACAAGUUCUCUCACAGAUGCAACCACUUGGUCGGAGAUCCUAAAGAGGUGUCCCCCAUCAUCGAUCAGUUCCUGGAGUGUGUGUGGCAGCUGAUGGAGCAGCUCCCCUGUGCCUUCGAAUACAAUGAGAGGCUCCUCAUCACCAUUCACAGCCACAUCUACUCCUGCCAGUACGGCAACUUCAUUGGCAACAGCCAGCAGGAGAGGAUAGCACUGGGAAUGCAUGAGAAGACUCACUCGUUGUGGAGUUAUCUGUGGUCGAACUGUGCAGACUACAUCAACCCUCUGUACAGACCACACCACAGCCAGACUCAAGGGCUCCUCCGACCGUCUACUGCCCCCUACUGCUUCAAAUUUUGGAGGGGGCUAUACAACCGUUUUGACCGCGGGAUGCAUCCUCGUCAGUCUGUGGAGGAUUACCUGAGGACCAUCCGAGAGGAGACGGAGCAGCUGGAGGAGCAGCUGACUUCACACAAACAAAAAAUUACUCAGCUAGAGCAGGAGCAGGGGUGGAGUGUAGCCUUGGAAAUUAACAACUUUGACAAGAGUCCAACAGUGUGGGCUCUCGGCGAGGACCUCGCUCUGGCCAACACGCCUCAGGACUACACCGGUGGCUUCGUCACCAGCAGCUCCCAGACACCCAAAGCACCAGAGAGCGGACUCUUCCUGCAGCAGGACUCGAAGCACACAGCCGACUCCGGCCUCUCCAACGGCAGCGACCAGGAGUCUGGGAUCGCAGACCUGAACUGUCGUUCACCUCUCAGUGAGGACAGCACCAGGGAUCCAGACUCAGAUGAGGCAGCUUACUCUGCUGCCUGAGCGGAUGUAGCAUUUACUGGAAGCUGCAGCGCAGUCCAACCCUCCGUCUAACAACACUGAACAAACACUACUUUCACAUCACUGGUAACCUGAUUAUUGGCUGGUUGUGUAACUGACUUGGACUUGUUUGCAUGUAGUUUGUGGACUCUUCUUGUUGCUGCAACCACACAGCUGAUCUCAUUUUACUUCUUAGAUCAGUAAGUGAAUUCAGCUUCAAAAGAAAUCACAAAGCUGAAUAUUUUCAGAAGAGUAAAGAGCAACUUUGACUUUUAAUAAGCCAUAUAAGUGUGUGUCUGCAUAGAAAUGUGCUUUUUCAUACUGUUUAUUUAUUCAUUUGACUUCAUGGAGCAGUGGUUAUUUAGCUGUAGUUAAAGCAACACGGGGGGCUUAACUCUUGUGGAAGACACUGUUAGCUAAGGGGGAAAGAAAUAUAUUUGAAUAUGAUAGUUAUUAAUGGAAAAGGAGUAACAAAGGGCCAAAAACAGAAAAUCUCUCAUGCACUCAUGGUGUUGUUGAGAUUCUAGUGCAUUAUGGUCUCUGCUGUCAAGUAGUAAGGAUUAUGAUUUGAUCCCAAAGUGAAGUGAACUCAUCAUUUUUGAUAAGGUCUCAACAGGACUUAACGGAUUUGUUACUCUUAAAAAUUACGGGUUAGUUGCAGCAGAUUGGAUCCAUGUGGUCUACAGCAGGAUAUCGAUCACAUAAUGGCCUUUUUGACCCUGCCCCUUAAUCCUGCUUUCUGUCAGGUUGAGUAGGGUGGUCUUUUUCUUUUGAUGAUUGAUGAUUAGCAAGCACGUUUAGAUGACCCUAGAAAAAACAGAUUGUUAGCUCAGAUUUUAAAUGCAUGUAAAUAGCUAGUCCAACUAAAAUUGUGGUUAAAUGCUCAACUAGACUCAUUCUGCUCCUGAUUUUAUUAUUGUGGCAUUAUCUGAUGAAAAACAUUCAAGUAACUUAAAGAUGACAUUAGUGCAGAGAAUUUGGCAAUGCUAAGACAUACUAGAUUAUCUAAUAGAGAAAAUUAGAAACAGCAGAAUGUCUUAAACAUAUUUGUUUGCAUCACAUGUUCUACUUCCAGUGCUAUAACAGAUGACACUACUGGAAGAAACACAAAUGAACUUUGAUGGCCUUUUGCACAGUGGCGCCCCCUAAUGACGGCUAAUUCAUCAUCAGUCUUGCACCCUGGCUCUUCUCUAAUCUCUCCAGCCAGUUAACGUCAGACAGAUGUUGCCUCCUAUCCUGUUUCUUGUGUCACUCUCUCUUCAUUAGCUUUGCUUCCUCUGAAAAUGAUCGCUUACUUUUUCAACUUUGCUGCAUCAGCCAUGGUGGGUGCUUAAAAUGGCCAGUGUGAUGAUAUCCAGUUGCUAGUGUGUGAUAAAGUGUCAUAAAGCAAAAUGCUGCAAAAGUGAGGUUUCUCAGCCUUGGACACUGCUGGGCAAGCGUACAUAUUUAAUGUUGCUGUGCUAUCAAAACAAGUCAGAAGCCCGGACCCGCUGGUGGAAAUGAAGCUGUUUAACUUGGGCAUCCUCACCUCAGUUGAAGUUGCCCUUUACAGUUUAAUCCUCAGAAUGGACGAGAGCUGUAAAAAUACAUUGAUCUAUAUCAAUACUUUGCUUUAUGAUCAACAAUCCAAUAGAAUCUAGUCCAAGGUAAAAAAUACUACUGAUACAAUAAUCAAAUUGUUCACUUUUGCUUCGUUUUAUCAGAAUUUCAUGUUUUAAUUGGAUGAGAAAAAACACUGAAAUCUAAAGGUGUGUAACCAUGUUAAAACCAUACUCUGCUAUCUUGGAUAUUAUAACUAAGUUAUAAAAUAUUUUAGUUUGACUCUCUAAAUAGAAGUAAGGUUUAUACUAUGUCCUGUUUUCAUUUCUACAAAUUUAAAGUUUUUAUUGUUUUUUUUUUUUUUUACAUUUUUAUGCUCAACAUGCAGAAUAUAUCUUUUUUAAAAAAAACAUUGUUUUUCAUUUAAUUUCAUUCAUGUCUGAUUAAGCUCAGGAACAAAAUUAGAUUCUAAUGUUUUAGUUUUUUAUGAUUUAUGUGAAUGGAAGAGAUUGUUUUAAACCAGCAUGCCAUAUCGUCUCGCUGGACCCUGAAUCGAGUAUUUGCUAAUUGUUAUCCAUUAAAUCGCUUGAUCAAAUUUUGGUCUAAUAACCUCGGAUGUUACUGCUAAACAGAAUCUGAUUUCAUGAUGAUAUGAAAUCAGAUUCUGUAAGCCUUUAAGUCUGACCUGAUGUACAAUUUUAAGCAACAAAGACAUUUUUAGUUGAUCAAAAGCUGCAUUAAGACAAGGAGACUUUAAACACGACUGCCUGUUGUCUUCCAAGAUCAGAUCAGCUGUGGAGUAAAAAUCUGCACCGCUGAGGCAGCAGACUGUAAACACAGAAACACACUCCAUACAGCAGCAGAUUCCCUGCUGACUUCAUGUAUACCUGUGCCAUCUUCAAUGUGUAGUUAGCAUAAAAACUCAUUUCAGUUGCAUAACCUGUUAUUGUGGAUGCACACCUGCAAAUGAACAAGUAAAGCAUGAGAUAUUUUUGUA